AUGGAUUUGCAUCGAUAUGAAAGGCUGUCAAAGUUAGAGUCAGCAGGAAAUAAAAUGCCUGUAGCAGGACAUCCUUUAGGUAUUUAUGGACAUAGAGAGGACAAUGUUUUUGAUGAUCAAUUCCAUGAGAAAGAAAUAAGUUUUGGCAUUCUAGAAGGUUUUUCAAAUGUCUUUGCUUCGGCUCUGUUGUUUUCCUUCUUUUUUCCUUUCUCCCCCUUUCUUCGCAAUUCUCUCUCCAACCCCAAAUAUCAGCUGGUUUUAACUUUCCGAAAUUGCAAUUGGAAGGCCUCCGGUUGGAAAAUUGAGGAAGCUCUUCAGUUAUUUUAUGUAGGCAAUGAAGGUGGGCCAGUUGCUUCUUUGUCACAUUCUCCACCAACAGAAAAUGCUAAUACCCGGGCGGAAGAAAAUACUGGGUGUGCUGGAAUGUACUUUAAUGGAUUGAAGGGCCAUGAAAAUGAAAAUGUUGGACAAGGCAGUGGAGAGGAUUUGCGUGAUACCCUCUAUACUGAAGAAAUGAUGGGAUAUCCUCUGAAUGAAUCCAGUUCAUUGAUUGCAUUUCACAACUUUGGUGAGGAAAUGAAGCAUCCUGUGGUUUGGGAAUCAGACCAAGGUGCUACAUCUACAGCAGAAAACACUCGAGAUAAUCUUGCCUCUUUGUACCGUCUUCCAUUUGAUCUUAUGUUUCAUUGUUCACUUGAAAAGGCAAAAGGUACUGCUUCUGCUCAAGACAAAUGGUUCCUGGUGAAUAUACAAUCCGUGAAGGAGUUCAGCUCUCAUAUGCUUAAUCGAUAUACAUGGGGAAAUGAUGCUGUUGCUCAAACCAUCAGUACUAAUUUUAUCUUUUGGCAGUUGUAUAAUGAUACAAGUGAGGGAAGGAAAGACUGCAUCCAUUACAAAUUGGAUUCUAUUCCUGUGUUGCUUGUCAUCAACUCAAUAACAGGACAAAAGAUUCGUGCAUGGAGGGGAAUGAUACAUCCUGAGAAUUUGCUAGAUUUUUGUGUUAUGAACUAGUUCAUGGAUGGUGGCCCAGGGGAUCACUAUGUAACUCUAUCACAUAAGCGGCUAAGGGGAAGUUCUAAGGCUCCACAGAAAAGCGAAGCAUCCUCAGCUGCAAGUAAUGAAGAAGAUGAGGAAAUGAUAAGGGCGUUGGCUGCUUCUAUGAAGGGCGUGAAAGACAUAAAUAUAAUGGCUGCUGACAAUAAAGAUGCAACUACUGCUGGGGAGGAGGAAGGAUCAUGCUUAACUAAGAAACCCACAUAUCCGCCACUGCCUGAAGAACCAAUUGACAGGAGCCUUCUUUGCAGGCUUGGACUUCGUCUUCCUGGCAGAUGCAGGGUCCAAAGAAAUUUCCUGAAAACUGAUCCAAUACAGCUUCUGUGGUCAUUCUGCUAUUCCCAACUAGAGGAAGCCGGGACAAGGCCGUUUCGCUUGACCCAGGCAAUCCCAGGAGCAAAGAGUCUGGAUUAGGACAGUAAAUUGACUUUUGGAGAUUCAGGGCUGGCCAACUCUAUGAUCUCAGUUACUUGGGAAUGAAAAUCGAUCUUAAAUGGCUAUUGAAGAAUUUUGAUUUAGAGUUGCCUACCAUCAAUGUUUUCUUCACUUUUGCUUGCUCCAUCCAGAGUGCCUUUAGCCAAGCCAUGGUUUAUUUAUUACGUAAAUUCUCCAUGUAUCAGUAUGAAUCUGUAGCUGUUUAUGCACUUCAUGAUUAUUUAGAUCUUUUCCAUUAUAGUAUUCCAGUGGCUGGGUAGAGAGUAUUAAUAGUAAGAUAUUCAAAAUCUGUAUCUUCUGAGGAAGUCUUAUCAUAUGUAGGUAUUCCUUCGAGACCAAAAACAGUCUCAUGGUUAUCUAUAAAUUGAUUGAAA